UCGUGCCAUGGCCGGCGGCGGCGGCGGCGGCGGCGGCGGUUCUUCUUAUUCCUCUUCCACGGCGAGAGAGGAGGGGAGGGCGAGAGCGCGGGCUCGGAAGAAGCAGAAGCAGCAGCAGGAAGAGCAGGAAGACAAGGGGGCGAACCCUCUGGACCCAAGGUUCAGCGACUACGACCCCAAGGAAGGCGAUUACGUCUACACCCGCUUCCAGCACUCCACGCUCGACCUCGACAUGGAGUCACCUGUUGGUGCGAUGCACAAUACUAACAGGGUCUUCCCAGAGGAGGGGUUCCUGUUCUGUAACUCGGCAAAUAUUGUCUCGGUCAGGAUCUCUUCCUCCGACUAUGGAUACCCGCUCAAUGUCUACGGCACCAUCAUGGCCAGGGACAGUCUUGAUCGCCAACGCAUCUAUUUAUUCCAGCGUGCCAAGGACGAUUGCCAGAACAUCAGCUCCAAGAAUGAUGUGUUGGUUUUGACUGGCCCGAAGAGGGGACUGAUGAUAUGUGAUUCAAUAAUCUUUGAAGUUGAUCUGAAGGUCAAGGAUGUGAAUGGUAGAAAGGUGAAGGACGAGAGAGUUAGCAAAGGCUUAAUGGAGAUUAAUGGCAUCAAAAGACUCUCAUAUCCACCGAAAUACCAGGUUCAAACCGAAAAACUUGUCAGCAUGCACAGCACAUUGGAUUUGAACUACACGUUUGUAAGGAAUGCGGUGGAGGGCACCGUUGAGGCGAGGAUCCUCGAGGGACCUGUUGAUUUCCAUGGGAAAAUCGUCGCUCGCACUAGCAGCUUUCCAUGUGACAUUGUGCUACAUGAUAGCGAACUUGCUGGGAUGCUAACAGCUGGUGAGGGUGGGAUCCUGCAAACAGCGCGCCGUGUGGUCAGUGUCUCUAUUGAUGAGACGCUCCUGUUGACCGUUGCUGCUGCUACCAGUGGUGUUAGCACCGUUGAGUUUACUCCAAAGCGCGGCAACUAUGAUGAAGAGAAAAUCACUUGCGGCAACUAUAAGAUGCUGGUGAAGGUCACUUGGUCCAUUGUGUGCUGGUGAAGGUCACUUGGUCCAUUGUGUGCUGGUGAAGGUCACCUGGUCCAUUGUGCCUCGUUGAUUCCGUGUGUUCCUGGUUGAACAUGCUAUAUCCAAAGAUGUGUGUGCGCUGUAUAUGUUGUACUCCCUCCAUCCCAUAAUGCAGUGUCAAAAAACGUCUUAUAUUAUGAGACGGAGGGAGUACUAAGUAUGUCUAUGCUUUUGGUGGAAGCUUAAUUAUCACUGUUUCUUUGUU